CAAAACAGACAUGUCUCAACCGCUUGUUAAUAAUUUUGAGAUUCCCUCGUGGGCUGGGAAACCCCCAGCAGGUCUUCAUUUAGAUGUGCUCAAGGAUGGCAAAAUGAUUCAGAAAUUGAUGAUUGACGAGAAAAAAUGUUACUUCUUCGGCCGCAACAAAAUCAUGUGUGACUUUGUGAUUGAUCACGCAUCCUGUUCACGUGUUCACGCAGCAUUAGUGUGGCAUAAACACCUGUCAAGACCAUUCAUCAUAGACCUGGGCAGCACUCACGGCACUCACAUUGGUCACAUCCGAUUGGAAAGUCGUAAACCUCAGCAGGUCCCCAUUGACAGUGAAAUACAUUUUGGUGCAUCCACGCGCAUUUACAUCAUCCGUGAGCGACCUCAGUCUCUCUCUGGUUCACUUGCUGAAGAGAAGGAGAGGAAAGGCGAAGAGAUCGACCGCAAGCUGUUGGGCUUACCCGAUACAGAACCAGAACUUGAUAAUCUGACAGAGUUUAACACAGCACACAAUCGUAGAGUUGCCUCCCUUGUGGAGCUGGCAGACGUCUCAACGCCAGGUCCACUGAAGAGAAAACGGAGAAAUAGUCACGUGUCGUUUAACGAUGAGGAGGAGGUGAUUAAUCCAGAGGAUAUUGACCCAUCCAUUGGUCGCUUCAGAAAUCUUGUUCAGACAACAGUUAUUCCUACAAAGAGGCCGAAAAUAGAACAUGGUAUUCCCUCAGCUUCCAUGACGGACAAUAUUACCAAAAGACUGCAAAGUUUUUCUUACGCACAAGGUUUAUAUGGGGACCUACCCACAGCAGCAGGCACCAACCCUGUCCCGGCCCACAGUAUCGCCUCCAAACUGGGCCUCCCUGUGCCCAAUCUAGCCCCCAGUCUGGAAGAGGAGACGGUGAUCCCGACAGCCAAUCAAAACAUACCGGUCAGGUUCACAGUGGAAGAGGGUCAACGGGAGCCCAAGAAAAAGAAAUAUGCCAAAGAAGCCUGGCCAGGAAAGAAACCCACUCCAUCGUUCUUGGUGUGAAUUUUUUCAGAGCCCUGUUGUUUUAUUAUCAUUGACUGUGCAAGAAGCGUAUUCGUCAUUGUCACUUACAGUGCAUUUUGAAAACCAGGUACUCAGACAGACACAAUCCAAGCUGAUCCAAGCAUUUUCCAGUGACAUGAACUAUAGAUUUGUAACGUACUGUCAUGGACUCAGUACAUGCUCUUGUCAGCUGUUUUAUCAUUGCUGAUUCUGCUUCACCUCCGUAUGUGUCUCCUUUCGUUUGUGAAUCUUUGUUGUGGAACAAUUUGCAUGUUGGCAUGUCAAUAUUAUUUUAUGGAAGUAUCAUUAUCCAUCAUUCAUAUCAUCAAGUCACAAUAUUUUUACCUAAAAUUUGCCGAAAACGUUGGGAACUUCGACUGGUUUGUAGCGUACCUUGUUAACUGGGUGGUAAGGGACCCUGCUCACUGGGUGGUAGGAGAGCUUGGCUGGUUGGUAGGAUAGCC